CUUACAGCUGCAAUAAUGACUGCUACCAUGAGCACCAUCUUCAACUCGUUGCGCCUGCCUUGAAAAUAAAGCUGACGACGCCUCGCCAACAAAAUAAAGAUGGGAGGGAAGGCAUAACCAAUUCAUCCAUCCAUUCCCACCCCUCGCACCUUCCCCAAAUAACAACCAGCCAGAACCCAAAAAAAAGUCCAAAUCAACCUCACUUCUCCCAGCCAUGAAUCAUGGCCAUCACACUCAUCAAAAUGGACCAAUGCGGACUGCUUUCUUCUAGCUCUAAUUCAAGCAUCCAGAUGAUGAUCCGUAAGGACAACCCGGUCGGUCCGUCCAGUCGUUAUCCUUCUCGUCAAGUCCACCGUCCCCACUCCGAGAUCUCGCGGGCCGUGGAUUUUGUUUCUAGAGCUCAGAUAGAACAUAAGACGACAGGAGACUCGGACAUUAUGCCGAUGUGCUGUUCAUGGGUGGAAUAUCCCUCAUGUUGCCAAAACUUAAUCGAUUCAUCCACUAUCUUCUCGCUCUGGCGACAUUUCUUCUUGAUUCCGAAUAUGAGCCGCACACUGACGACUAUACCAGAUUUGCAGUACUCAGCCUAACUUAAUGACAUUGUGGAAUGUACUCAAUUCGUACGCCGUACGUCUCUGGUAUCCAACGCUUCAAACGCCUCCUCAUUGUCAAAGUUGAUCGUUUUGAGGCAUAAUAUCCACAGCCAGAUCAUCAUCAGCGUCUCCACGUCUCUAACAUUUCCUACAUCGCCUGUCCAUGAUUGUUCAACAUAUGGCUGUUUCGCUGGGUAUCGACCUCCCCAGUUUCACCCCCUUCCAGACAUGGCAUUCUGGCCCUGUCCGAACAUGUUGGGAAACAUCUUCUGACUUUCCAACAGGCAACGAAUCCUCCUCAUGUUCUUUCGCAGCUCCCUGUGAGAUAUGAACCUUCAAAUAAGGAUCCAGAGAACUGCAGCGAAUUCUUGAUCUUCCGCAAAAGACCUCAGUCUGCUCCUAAUCAUGUAUCCUCUAGUCCGAGUCUUGGUCGAAAAUUUUGGAAAAGAGUUGGUCUUGUUCAAAGAGUCGUCUGACAACACACAUUUCAAGAUAGAAGCACGUUGUGCUUAUAUUGCGUCAAAAUCAAUAGCCUGUGGCGGCCUGACACUGGUGUGGUUUCCACGUUACGUGGAGAAACUGGUCGAUGGAUAAUUGGUCUGCAUUCCCAGACGCCAUCCUGCCUAGGGAAAAGAACCAUCAGAGCAACGAUCGUCUCCAUCGGAACAGGAAUUUUCAGCCUCGUCAUCUACGCUUGAACAACGAUCAAUCUGAACAUCUCCUGAGUCUUAUCAUGGAGGACGACGUCAAUAGCACCGGUCUGGCUUGGCAAACAAUUUCAUCCUCCAAUUUUGACUGGCAACAACCAGUCAGGACGACGAGUGAUCACACAUUGUCGAAAUGCUCUCCGAUAAAGGCGGGAAACUGGUCAGCCGGAGGAUAGAACGUGUUGGUGGCAACCCCCGAGACGUUCAUGUUGUGGUAGGUGUCAUAAGGGCCACCAAUCCCAUCGGACAUCUCCUCUACAUCAAGGUCCUCGGUAUUUUGCGUCGGUGUUGUGGACAUGGAUCCAUAAUCGAUGACCGAAUACAAUCGCUCGACUUCGUUUGGCGCGAAAUAAAGAGUCACGCACGAAGGAUCAAUGAGUGAACGAUAUGCUUUGGCCUCGGAGGCAAAUUGCAUCAAUGCGACUCCCUGAAGUCAUCAGUCAGAUUUGGGUCAUGCCCAGGAUCACAGGCAGACUUACCAUGCGCACCGAGUUCGCAAAGAUCUUUGCCUUUUCCUCGAGCAUUUUAAGGUUGGCUUGAAGCAUCUGUGCCGAUGACAAUGCAACUUCUGCGUCGUCUGAAUGCUGGAACAAUGCAUGCAGUGUGCCGCUAACCAACAUGGAAUAUCCAUAAAAUGAGGCCCCCAGAAUAUAGCCGGCCUUCUUCGCAUUCAUCAGAGUCUUGGUGAGUUCAGUGGCGUGAAAACGGCAACUUUCUAGCGCACGGGCCAAAAAGCUGGUCGGGAUCCUCGGAUGUGUCAUACUAAAUCUGCACCUGAGGAUAAUAGGGUGAUGCAAGACACAAUAACACAGCUGGUAAAUGACAUAUGCAAAGAUGGCUGAUUCCGAUAGAGGGGUAGAUACAGCCCCAUCCAGAGAUCCAGUGGCUUCGAGUUGUUCGUGAAUCGAUUGAUUAUUUUCAAACAUGGUCUCCAGUCGAGCCAGCUGGGUACAGAUUGCCGGGUACUGAGAGGUAUGGUCCCACGGCGGUUUCUGGAUCUCUUCUUUCGGUUUUUGGAGCAAGUACUCAGUAAUUUGACUGAGCACCGAGAUGACUACCACGGUCGCGGCAGGAGAAUCAACCAUGUACAAAGUAAAGUCUUCGGAUGACUUGAGCUGAUUCAAAGUUGGAACUAUUUCUUCUGUGGAUGCGUGAAAUGCAAAGUCGCUGCAGGGGAGGUGUAGACUGCAAUGUUGGUCGAGAAAGAGGGCAGGGCGACGUCUGCCACAAGUGCUCAUCUUGUCCAGACAAUAAAUGGACCAGAGAGUUCGACGACGUUCUUCCCGUGAUGCGGGUGCCAACUUCAUACUGGGUUCAUCCGUCAUCUGAAGUGACUGCGCCAGGCUGACGGCGGUUCCGAUUUUGAUCCAGGCGGUGCCAUGUUUACAUGCUGCCGCAGUUAGUCCUGACAUGUUUGAAGGAGCGGUAGUCUUACCGGUGAAAUCAAACAAAGCCAGGAGGGUCGCAGCCUGCACUAAACGGUAGGUCGGGUUCUGGUCGCUAUUGAAAGCAGCAGCGACUACCAAAGACCAGCCUCUGGCGGCAAGAUCCACCGCAAUGGCGCCUGUACUGUCGUAGGUCUUGGAGUAUCGAAGUGCGAUGCUGAGGACUGCAAGAAUCAAAUAGUCUGGCAGUAGUCCUCGGGAAAAUUGGGUUCGGAAUGUCGGUUCAUGAAAGAAGCAAUAUGGCUGGCUGUGGUAGUAGCGGAAGAAGUCGUUAAUGGCUGCUAGUUGAACAUCCAACGGAGGAAGAACUGCGCCUGGCGAUCUGUACAGGAGUGUGAGCAAUCCUUUCAAGACGUGCCUCUGCCAGAGGGCAGACUCAAUCCCUA